AUGAACGGCCUGGUGUUCAGCAUCCUGUUCAGUGCCCUAUUUGGCAGCGCCCUUAGCGGUUUCCUCGGCGGUGGCGGUGCUGGAGGUGGUGUCAGUGGAGGCUACGGUGGUGGCGGUCUCGGAGGAUAUGGUGGUGGUGGUCUCGGGGGCUACGGCGGAGGACUCGGUGCCGGUGGUCUCGGAGGAGGAGUGGGCCUGGGAGGUGGAGGCCUCGGCGGCGGCGGGGGAGCUGUCGGUGUCGGCAGCAGCGUCGUCCUGCUGAACGGUGGCCGUGCGGGUGCAAGCAGAUCUGUGGCCGGCCCAGCGUUCCUCGUUCGCACGGUGCACCACGUGUCUCAGGUUCACGGCGGCGGGGCCAUUGUGGCGCACUCUGGUCUCGGAGGCGUUGGCGGAGGCGGCAUCGGUGGUGGCGCCGGCAUUGGAGGUGCCGGACUCAUCGGUGGUGGUGCCGGCGGUCUCGGAGGAGGCUACGGUGGUGGCGGAUACGGAGCCGGAGGCCUUGGUGGAGGAUACGGGGGUGGAGGAUACGGUGCUGGAGGCGGUGGAGUAGUUGGCAAGCUGGUGCUCGUCAAGCAUCACAAGUGAAUUCUGCCACCCGCGUUCUUUCGUGUUUAAGCACAAC